AUGACUGGAGAGGGCAGGUCAGGAGGGACUGGGCUAGAGUUCCUGCUGACUGACUCAGCUGUUGUAACUGUGUUUGACUUGACGAACAGAGACACUAUUAGGCUUCAGGAGGAGGAGAAUCGUUUACACGGUGAGGAGCGACUUUACACGCCGCGUUUCCAUUGUAACGAAGUUGGACUGAGGAACAGGCAGCUUUAUCCGGACAGUUUGUGUCUUCUUCUACAGUCUGUUAUGGAGGUUUUACUGGACAGCCGCAGACAGGGAAAACUCCUCAUCCUGUACCUAUUGAUUGGGAAUGUUGCAGCGCAAUGUUCUAAACCUGAAGCUGGAGAGAACAUGGUUCUCACCGAAGAAUCUCUUCUAAAAAAUGACUUCCCAGAGGGUUCCGAGGUCACAUUAGCGUGCAGCAACGGAUAUGAAAAGAAAAGUGGCUCUGGGAUCAUGAACUGUAUCGAUAAUAAGUGGACCGAGCCAGAUCUCAACUGCAAGAAGAAAGACUGUGGUAUCCCUAAAGCAGAGCCACACAUGAAAAUUGACAUCAGCCAGGGUACUCUGUUUGGUUCAAUAGUUAAAGUAACCUGUGAAGAAGGUUACCAGAUCAAUGGAUCAAGCUACAAACACUGCCUUCCAAAAGGGUGGUUUGGAAAGGCAUCAUGUAAUAUUGUUACUUGCUCCAAACCAACCGAAAUAGAAAACGGCGAACAUUCUUGGAGUAGUGACAAUAAACCAAAAUAUCAAGAAACUAUAUAUUUCACAUGUAAACCAGGAUACACCAUGCUUGGGAAUCAAAGUAUUCAGUGUACCAAAACUGGCAAAUAUAAUUCUGAGCCUCCACAAUGCAUUGGUUUGACCAGAGAAGGCAACAUUACAACAAACAUUAUUACAACUGCUCCCACAACAACUGGACAAGAAACAUCCACUGGUAAUGGUUUGACUGCCACACCAACUUUUCACAAAGUCACAACUGUCACAGCAUCCACAAAUAUCUCAACACUGAAACAAGGAUACAGAAUAAGACCAUCUGAGGAAAAUAACACUACACCCAGUACUUCAAAAAAAGAACAGAAUAUAGAGACUAUAAAUAUAAACAAAGAUAAAGGACAUACAGCUGUUAUAAUCAGUGUGGUGGUUGUUACGACAGUACUCUGCCUAGUUGCAUUCUUUUUAAACAAGUUUCUUAUGAGAAAAAAAGGAUCUGUUGGAAAUGGAGCCGUUUGUUAGGACAUCUACUGCAGAUGAAGGACUGCCAAACUCUGAAUGCCUUACCAGCAAGCAUUGAACUAAACAAGUGACUUUCAUUUAUAGUUUUAUUUUUUGCACUUUUAAUAGAAGACCAAACCCAUUGUAAUACUAUUGUAUUGUGUCAAAUCCUAAUAUUUAGAAGCACUUUUUAUAGUCAUUUUUAUAAUUAGUCUAAGUAAGUUGUAAAUAUUUUAUUUCUCUUAAUAUUUUUGUUUGUACUAUUUAUGUUGUAAACCAUUUUUCUACAUAUGUUAUAAAUUAUUUCAGUAAUUUAAAGAGCACAUGGUUUAAAGUUCUUGAGAAAGCUUUAUCCUUGGAGCUUCCAGGUUUUCCUGUUGUGUUCCAUUUUAUCACAACAGAGACAUAAUACAAGUUGUUCAGGAAGGACACAAUGGGGUUAAUUCAGUUUAGAGUCUGCAUUGGAGGCUGUGAAGAUACUAUCUGUUAUUUGCCUCCUGACUUGACUUUCUUUUCAUAAUUGUUUAUUGUUCUCGGGUGGUUUUAUCUACUCUGCAGAACAACAAAAAUCCUUUUCAUUGAGAAAGAUUCCAAAACAUCUCUACUAUGUAAGAUAAAAAAGGGGAAAAUAUAAAAUUUUUAACAAUGAAGCAAUGUAUAUAAAAUGUACUUUUGUAUGAAUACAUAAAGGAGGAAAUGUAAUCAAAGACUAAAGUCAUUUUUUAUAAGUUCAAAUGACUGGAAAACUAUUGAAGUCUGGAUUGAAUAAAUUAUUCCAUGAAUUAAAAAGUAAUUAGUGCCAGGACAGAACAAAACAGGAUAAAAUUAUUAUCGUGAUGUCCCUGUGGUCCCAAAAACUGAUGACCCUUCAUUGUACCAUACACUGUAUGCAUGGUACAAUCAGCAAUCCUUCAUUCACGUCCCAACACUCUAAACUAUUCUCAGUGGUACUUCUUGGACACAGUUUACCCACUUCCAUUUAGUUUCUUUCUGUAGUAAUUAUGCAGAUUGUAACAAUUAAUGAUGAUAUAACAUUCUUAUAUAAGCGAGCAGUUCUUUGAUAUUUAGUGUUAACUACGACCCCAGCAGAAAAUGACCAAAAACACUCACUGAGCAAUAAUGGAUGGUAACACAAUGUACAAUAUGGAAUAGUGGCAUAACACCAUUUGUUCACUUGUAAACCUCAGAGGUCUUCACAAAUGCACACAUGUAGACUCGGUGAACUGAUAAGGAGCUUUCUGUGAAGGCUUAAAUAAACCACACCAAUUAUUUACAUUUGUAAAAACAUUUAAAAUUAAAUCUAAUUUUCUUAA